GAGCCCUGUCCUAUGCUGAGCUGGGAACAUGCAUUAAGAAGUCUGGCGGCCAUUACACAUACAUAAUGGAAGCGUUUGGACCUCAGAUGGCUUUUAUAAGAUUAUGGGCUGAUCUCAUUGCUAUAAGGCCUGCAGGCAUGGCGGUCAUUUCUCUGGCCUUUGGUCAGUACAUCCUGGAACCUCUGUUCAUGCCAUGUGGUAUACCCCCCCUGGCUGUCAAACUGGCCACAGCCAUUGGCCUAACGUCUGUUAUGUACCUGAACAGUAUGAGCGUAACGUGGACAGCCAGGAUUCAGAUCUUCCUCACUGUCAGCAAGCUUCUGGCCAUUGCCAUCAUAAUAGUGCCAGGCAUGUACCAGCUAUUUAAAGGAGAAACCAGACACUUUGAGAAUGCCUUUGACCUGAGUAAUGUGCAGCUCUCUGGUAUGCCACUGGCUUUCUACUCUGGGAUGUACGCGUAUGCUGGAUGGUAAGCGUGCGCACGGUACACACAUACACACACGUCUGGUUUGCUAUCCUCCUGGUGACAUCCCAUUGACAUAAUGCUUUCCUGAGCCCUUUACUCUAACUCUAACGAUCAAAAAUGAAUGCCUAAUCCUAACCCUAAUCAUAACUACUUUAAAGAAGAUUAUUUUUUCAGGGAGCCCCUCAUCCUUCCCUCAGUCUGGGAACCUGAGUGGUAUACAUUGUAUGAUACCAUCCAGGACUUGAUGCGCUAUCAGAGAAUUACAAAAUAACAGACAGUAAAGUAAAGUGUGCGUGUUAGUCCCCAUAGGGAAAUAGUUCCUCUGCAUUUAACCCAUUCACCCAGUGAAGCAGUGGGCAGCCACCAGUGCAGCGCCCGGGGA